AUGAAAUGUCACCGAAGUAAUUUCCGGUUUAAAGGAGAAAAAGAUAGAAUAAGAAUGAAUGAAUUGGAGUCUCUCGACGAAGAUUAUGGAGAAAGUGUGAAACGACGAAAAAAGAAAGAUAGGUCAAGAGAGCGUAGUUUGAGGAGAGUGGAUGAAAGGAGUAGAAGCAGAAGUCGUCAGGAUUGUGAAAGAGAUCAAAGUAGAAGAGAAAGCAGGAGUCCGAGGAAGCGGAAGAGCUCGGAGAAUAGAAUUAAGACACUUUCGGACCGUUCUAGAAGUAGAACAAGGAGAUACGAUCGUGAAAAGGAACGGCGCCGGGAGGAUAGAAAUGACAGUGAAAGAGAAGAUGGAGACGAAAAUGAUAGGGAUAAAAAGAGUCGGGAAAGGGAUAGACGUCGUAAGGAUAGAAAUUCUAGUGGAAGGAAGCAGAGCCGUGAUGAUCCUGAACGAAGAAACCAUUCGAUUCGCUCAAGAAGCAAGAAGAUGAGAUCUCGCAGUUCUGAAUAUGAUUCAAGCAACUAG